AUGCUUGUUGUCUUUGGCCUUCUCAUCAUCCUUUCGGGGCUCAUUUGCUUUACUUUGGAGCAGCACUGGUACAAAGGCAUGUCCCCAAUGAUGAAGGUGCCGGUCUACACGAUCCUGGGGACCUCUGUGGCCUUUGCCCUCACCUUCUCAGUGGUGGAUUUGGUGAACUAUGUGCUGGGCUUCUUGCAGGUUUCUGUUGCCAAACCCUUUGUAGAGUCCGCUGCACAGGUCUAUAUGGUCUUAGCUUGUGCUUUGAUCAUGGGUGGGCUUUUCGGGCUCAUCUUUGGAGUGAUGGAUGUGGAGGCCGUCGGCACCGGCCAGCUUGAUUCCUUUCCACAGCCGACCUUCUUCCAGAGCCACACCCAGCAUCGCCUCGAAUUCCUGUCGAAGGUAAAGCUAUUUCAGCGGCUCCCAGAAGAUCAGCACAACCUUUUGGCCUCGGCUUGUGAGGAGAUCACUUACGAGGAUGGUGAGGUGAUUAUCCGGCAAGGGGACCAAGGCCAUGAGUUCUUCAUCAUCAAAGAUGGUGAAGCCGAAGUCUUCAUUUCCCAGAAGAAGCAGGCCACCCUCAAGGUGGGUGACCACUUUGGUGAGAAUGCUCUUUUGCGUGACGAGCCCCGCACUGCGACCAUCAAGGCUGCUGGCAGAUUAAAGGCCUUGAAGAUCACCCGGGCGCAGUUCGUAGAGCUGGGGCUCAGGGAAAAGUUGGACUUCCCGCAGCGCAAAGCCGUCGGUGGGAUGGUUCACAACAUCGAGGUGAAGGAGCCAACGCCAAAGACCGAGAGUGAUAGAAUAUUGAUUUCCAACGCGUUGAAAGCCAACGAGAAUUUGCAAAGUGUUGUUGAUUUGGACAUUCCGCGGAUCAAAGCGAUCUGCGACAUUGCAUGGCGAGAGGACGUGGCAAAGGACACCAAGUUGAUUUCAGAGGGCGAUCUCAACGCGGAUUACUUUUAUAUAGUUCAGUCAGGCAGUUUUAAUGUCUUCAUGGGCGACACCUCCAUGGCAGAGGGCAAAGCAGCAAAGCCUGUGACCUCGAUUGGUCCUGGUGGCAGCUUUGGAGAGUUGGCCUUGUUGUACUUUGCGCCUCGAGCUGCCACGGUUCAGGCUGCCGACGAUUCCAAAGUUUGGGUCAUCGAUCGAGGUAACUUCAAAAAGAUAAUGGCUAAGUCUUCCGAUGAGCGUGAAGCAGAGUAUCUCAAGUACUUGGAGAAGGUUGACAUUCUGUCUCCGCUCAAAAAGGAAGAGAAAGCAGCUCUUGCAAAAUGUUUAACAGAGUUUACCUUUGUGAAGGGAGACAUUAUUUUUCAGCAAGGAGACACAGGUGACGCGUUCUACCUCCUGGUAGAUGGCACUGUGGAGUUGCUUAAGGACGACAAGGCUUUUCAGCGACAACAAGGCGUUCCCGACAAGGCAAAAUGGUUCGGGGAGCGAGCACUUCUCAAGAACGAGCCAAGGGCAGCCACUGUGAAAGUUGUCUCCACAUCAGUCAGAACUCUCAUGGUGGACAAGCAGUCCUUCGACAUGCUCUUGGGGCCCUUGGAGGAGCUCAAGAAACGUGGAAAGAGUGGACCAGGGUCGAAACUUCAGGAUGGUAAGAAUGAUGCGACAGAACUGGAUCUCAGCCGAUUUGGGAAGAUUAAGCGGAAGGAUCUGAAAGUCCUGGGACUCCUUGGCUGUGGAGGCUUUGGUGCUGUAGAGUUGGUGGAGCACCAGACCACCAACGAGACCUAUGCAUUGAAAGCAUUGAGUAAAGGCUUUCUUGUAAAGUCUGGGAUGCAGCAAAGUGUGAUGAGCGAAAAGAAUGUGCAGCUGAUGUGCGACUCCACCUUCAUUGUCAAGGUCUUUGAGACCUUCAAUAGUGACACCCAGCUGUUCUUUCUAUUAGAGUUGGCCCUAGGAGGUGAGCUUUAUGCCACUUACCAUAAGAAGGGCCUCUUUGGCAAGGAAGGCCAAAGUUAUCAUUGGCAAGACGUUUACAACUUGUGGCACCCCCGACUACUUUGCCCCAGAGCUGAUUGCCUCUGCGGGCCACACCUUAGCAGUGGACUGGUGGACUUUGGGAAUCCUCACUUAUGA